AUGGCUAUCUCGACACCAAUAUUAAUUCCGGGUAUUGCUCGACUAAAAUCAUCCAGUAGUAUCACUGUGUGCUUGCCCCCCCUUCGGACACCGCACGCCGAACAAGGAUGGAAACGGAUGCUCAACGUCGAUAACUUUCGAGUCAUCCUGAGGUUCAAUAUCGGCUACGAUACGACCAUCUUCCCUGACGGAGAACGGCAGAAGCCCAACAGUGGUUCCAUCAAUGAGCUCUUCGGCCAGAAUAGCAUCCACUCGUCAUAUUCUGGCAGUGGCAAGGAUCCGGAAAUCCCGGUAGAUGCAAAGUCGAAAGGAAUUCUUGGCCUUCUCUCCGAAGAGACUGUCGGAAGAGGAUUUCCCAAGGCCCUCAGCUACCAGGAUAUCCAGAUGAUGAUUGUUCAAUACCUAAACACUGGACAAUGCAUACAAGCUUAUGAAUUUUAG